CAUAUGAGAUAAGCCGCCUCUUCCGAGUAACAGAGAAAGAGAGAAAGAGAGAUUUUUGCAGAGAUGGCUCCCAAGACACCACGAUCGACCAGGAACCCGGAAUUGAUCCGAGGAGUCGGAAAAUUCUCACGUUCAAAGAUGUACCACAAGAGAGGACUUUGGGCCAUCAAAGCUAAGAACGGCGGAUCAUUCCCUCAACACGACAAGAAACCCGUCGAAGUCGUGCCUUCCGUGAAGCCACCCAAGUUCUAUCCCGCUGACGAUGUCAAAAAGCCCAUCGUUAACAAGCGUAAACCCAAACCCACCAAGCUCAGAGCGAGUAUUACUCCUGGGACUGUCUUGAUUGUUUUGGCUGGAAGGUUCAAGGGGAAGAGAGUUGUGUUUCUAAAGCAGCUAACUUCUGGUCUACUUCUUGUUACCGGGCCAUUCAAGAUCAAUGGUGUUCCUCUGAGACGUGUGAAUCAGGCUUAUGUGAUUGGUACCUCAACCAAGAUAGACAUUACUGGAGUAAAUGUUGAAAAGUUUGAUGACAAGUACUUUGGAAAGAAGACUGAGAAGAAGAAGAAAAAGGCAGAAGGAGAGUUCUUUGAAGAAGAAAAAGAAGAGAAGAAUGUCAUUUCUCAGGAAAAGAAGGAUGAUCAGAAAUCUGUAGAUGCAGCUCUUCUACAAACUAUUGAUGGAGUUGCUGAUUUGAAGUCAUAUUUGGCCUCUAGAUUCUCACUCAAGGAAGGCAUGAAACCCCAUGAGCUUGUCUUUUAAAUUGUAAGGUAACAAUGAAUCCUAGAGGAGGACAACUGUUAUCUUUGUAUUGUGUUGAUUUGAACUCUAGCAGGGUUUUGGAAGUUUUGUUAUUAAAGAUUAUAUCAAGUUAUUUUUUUUUCCUAUGUGUUCUAGUUGGAAUAUAUUUUGGGUCUUCACCUUAUUUAUAAGUACUCUAAUGAUAUUUUCAAUGGUUCAACAUC